UUGAAAAAAAAUUCAAAAAGAGAAUGAGAUUGGAAGGAAAGAAGGUGAUCAUGGUACCAUACAUGGAGGCACACGUCCCAAAGUACCAUGAGUGGAUGCAACACCCGGCUCUCCUUCAAGCCACUGCCUCUGAGCCCCUCACCCUUCAACAGGAGUUCCGGAUGCAGCUCACCUGGACCCAAGACCCUAACAAGCAGACUUUCAUUGUAUUGGAUAGGGAGAUGGUUGUUAGAGAGUUCAUUCAUGGAGAUCCCCAUGUUGGAGCCAUGGUCGGUGAUGUGAACUUAUACAUGAACAACUUCGAUGAUCCCAAUAUGGCAGAGAUUGAGAUAAUGAUAGCUGAACCCAAAAGUGGGCUUCAAGGUCCCAUCCAUCCCAAUAGCACCCUUUUCUCUCUUCGCCAUCUCCAGCGGCUCAACCUUGCUUUGAACGAUUUCCAUGGCUCCACAAUUUCAUCUAAGUUUGGUGGCUUUGCGAACAUGACGCAUCUCAACUUCACUUCGUCCUUCGUUGCUGGUAAUUUCCCAUCCGAAAUCUCCCACUCAUCCAAACUGGUCUCACUUGAUCUCUCUUGGAAUUUUGACAUGAGAAUUGAAACGCCUAGUUUGAAAAGGCUUGUUCAAAACCUAACCCAUUUAACUGAACUUGUUUUGGAUUAUGUUGACAUGUCUUCUGUUCCACCUAAUUCUUUCAUGAAUUUGUCUUCCUCUUUGACAUCUCUUAGACUUUCUGAUUGUGGAUUGAAAGGGAGUCCUAAUCUUUGUAGUAAUAGGUUAUUUAAGUCUCCUAAUCUUUCGACCAGAAAAAGGUUUAGAAAUAGCCUGUAUAAAGUCUUUUUUGUAGUCAAUAAGACUCAUAGAGUUCUUGAAUUUAAUAAAAUUCGAGCAAUAUAUUUUAAGCUAUGAGUGUGUGAUUGCCUAGGGUUUA